AUGUCCGUCAACGAGAUCCAUGGCCGACUAGCCCUAGUCACUGGCGCAUCAGGAGGAGCAUGCGCACACCAACUCGCACAACACGGUGUCCACCUCGCGCUGACAUACUCGACGAACCUAAUAUUAACAAAAAAACCUCGUAUCAGAUAUACACUCCGCAUCUCAAUCCACCAAGUCGAUGUAGGAUCAGCCGACCAAAUCGGGGCCAUGUUCCAGCAGAUCGAGACCAAGCACGGCCACCAGCCCGACAUCCUGAUCUCGAACGCCGAAUACGGAAAACGAGUGCCCAACGUACUAGAAAUGUCCCUUGAUGAGUUUGAUUGUUUGAUUAACGUCAACCUCCGCGCAUCCUUUAUCCUUGUAAAAGGCGUGGUAGAGCACAUGAUGAGCCAGCGAUGGGGGCGCAUUGUGUUUGUGUCUUCUAUUGCUGCAUAUGGAGGGGGCAUUAAUGGAUGUCACUACGCAGCUUCCAAGGGUGGACUCACCGGCAUGAUGAACCUCUCGACCCGUCUGGCAGAGUAUAACAUAAGCGUCAACGACGUCGCUCCUGCCAUGAUUGGCAGCACUGGUAUGAUCUCUUCUACCAUGGUGAUGGACGAUAUGGUGGCGAAGAUACCACUGCGGAGACUAGGCACGCCUGAGGAGACGGCCAACGCUAUCACUAUGUUGGUGACAACAGGGUAUAUGACGGGCCAAAGCCUUUUAUUGGCUGGGGGUUUGAGAUAG